AUGAGGAAAAAGAGGCGGCGGCGGCGGCGCCGGGCUCCAACAUGUCCGUUCGGUGGCGGCGGCUGCGCUUUGCGUCUCGCUGACACGGCCCCCCGCGCCCUCACGCACUGGCCCACACUGGCCCGACCGCGGGAUGGCGGCAGCGACCCGAGUCCACGCCGCGCGGGGCACACUGGGACGGCUCGGGCCUCCCAGCGCUUCCUGUGCCCGGCUCCAGGCCCGCCCCGCCCCGCCCACGCUGACCACGCCCCCGCGACCGCCCCGCCCCGCCCCGCCCCGCGCGCGUGCGCGCGCCGCCCGCCCGGCCGCUGGCGCGUGACGCCGGGACGCCGAGCUCUUUCCCGCCUGCUGCUGCCUCAGGCCGGGGAGACCGCCAGGCACGUACACCGGGUCCCCGCGAGGGGCGCUGGAGAGUGCGGGGAAAUCCAGGGCUGGGAAGCUGGCACGGAGAAGGCCCGCGGACACGCGCGCCCCUGCCGGACGCGGCGCUGCCGGCCCGCAGGACGUGCAUUUGCUGGCUCCCCGCACAGCCUUUGCCGAUGCCGUCCCCUGCCUGCCCUGAUGGUGGGGUUAAAUCUGCUCAAGCUGAAGCCCCGAGAAGGACAUGCAGGCCCUGGACGUCCACGCAGGCCUAAAGGAAGCCCUGUACCGCCGGCCGCGGGAGGAGAGGAUUCGCUUACAACCGCGGUUUCCUUUUCGGUGGCCACACUGUUCUGAUUCACUCCCCUCGCAACCUUUCUGUCAGUGGGCGCUGUGCUGGGUUCAGGGAAUAUGGAAAUUAAAGGAUAAUUUCUCUUUCCGCAGACAGCUCGUUUUAGUGGGAGAGGACAGGCAAAUGAACAGGUAAUAACGAAGGCAUGGUAAGUGUUAGGGCAGGGACCCUGGGUAACAAAGAUACUCGUCUGACUGGAAGUCCAGGAAGGCUUCUUAGAGGAAGUGGCAUCUUCCUGUUUCUGGAAAAAGCGGCCAGGGUGGUUGAAGAAUGCACCCUGGCCUCACUGAGCUUGCUGAGCACGGAGGCAUUAACUCAAGGAGAACCAGCUGGAGUUCAGAGAGCGCUGAGGACUGUGACCAGGCCCCGAGCAGGCUGUGCCCUUCCAAGGAGUCUGGGUUUCGUCCCCAAGGGCGCCAUUGAAAGGUUUUUAAAAGGAGGAUGGUGUCCAGUGUGCUCUUUCGAGACUGCUGUGUAGAGUAGGAGAGUGGG